GUUCAGACUAGUUUCAUUUCUCUGUAAGAAAAAGUCAGACAGCCAUAGUUACUGAGAGGUGAAAUGGAACAAAAAAAGAUUAAGCUGGACUUGGACGCCUUCUCAUGUUCAAUCUGCUUGGAUUUACUGAAGGAUCCGGUGACUAUUCCCUGUGGACACAGCUACUGCAUGAACUGUAUUAAAACACACUUUGAUGAAGAGGAUGAGAAGCAGAAAAUCCACAGCUGCCCUCAAUGCCACAAAACCUUCAGACCGAGGCCUGCGCUUGAAAAAAGCACCAUGUUAGCAGCUUUAGUGGAGCAGCUGAAGAAGACUGGACUCCAAGCUGCUCCAGCUGAUCACUGCUAUGCAGGACCUGAAGAUGUUGUCUGUGAUGUCUGCACUGGGAGGAAGCUGAAAGCCAUCAAGUCCUGUUUAGUCUGUCCGGCCUCUUACUGUGAGAAACACCUCCAACCUCACUAUGAUGCAGCUCCAUUAAAGAAACACAAGCUGGUGGCCCCCUCCAAGAAGCUCCAGGAGAACAUCUGCUCUCGUCAUGAUGAGGUGAUGAAGAUUUUCUGUCGUACUGAUCAGCAGAGUAUCUGUUAUCUCUGCACAAUGGAUGAACAUAAAGGCCAUGAAACAGUCCCAGCUGCAGCAGAAAGGACUGAGAAGCAGAAGGAGCUCGAGGUGAGACGACUACACAUCCAGCAGAGAAUCCAGGAGCGAGAGAAAGAUGUGAAGCUGCUUCAACAGGAGGUGGAGGCCAUCAAUGGCUCUGCUGAUAAAGCAGUGGAGGACAGUGAGAAGAUGUUCACUGAGCUGAUCCGUCUCAUCCAGAAAAGAAGCUCUGAUGUGAAGCAGCAGGUCAGAUCCCAGCAGGAAACUGAAGUGAGUCGAGUCAAAGAGCUUCAGGAGAAGCUGGAGCAGGAGAUCGCUGAGCUGAAGAGGAAAGACGGCGAGCUGGAGCAGCUCUCACACACAGAGGAUCACAACCAGUUUCUACACAACUACCCCUCACUGUCAGCACUCAGUGAGUCUACACACUCAUCCAGCAUCAAUAUUCGUCCUCUUAGGUACUUUGAGGAUGUGACAGCAGCCGUGUCAGAGACCAGAGAUAAACUACAGGACAUUCUGAGAGAGGAAUGGACAAACAUCUCACUGACAGUCACUGAAGUGGAUGUUUUACUGUCACCACCAGAGCCAAAGACCAGAGCUGGAUUCUUAAAAUAUUCACGUCAAAUCACACUGGAUCCAAACACAGCAAACAGACAUCUGUUAUUAUCGGAGAGGAACAAAAAAGCAACAUUUAUGAAACAAAAACAAUCUUAUUCUGAUCAUCCAGACAGAUUUUCUGAAUGGGAGAGGGUCCUGAAUAGAGAGAGUCUGACUGGACGUUGUUACUGGGAGGUGGAGUGGAGAGGGAGAGGAGUUGAUGUAGCAGUCGCAUACAAGAAUAUCAGCAGAGCAGGGAGCUCAGAUGAGUGUGCAUUUGGUGGAAAUGACAAAUCUUGGUCAUUAUGUUGUGAGACAAACAGCUAUGUUCUUUGGCACAACAAUAUCCACAUUGACAUCUCAGGUCCUCGGUCCUCCAGAGUAGGAGUGUACCUGGAUCACAGAGCAGGUAUUCUGUCUUUCUACAGCGUCUCUGAAACCAUGACUCUCCUCCACAGAGUCCAGACCACAUUCACUCAGCCGCUCUAUGCUGGACUUCGGCUUUUAGAUCAUGGAGACACUGCAGCGUUCAUUAAACUGAAAUAGUCAGAAGUCAGUAUUGGACAGUUGGUUAAAAUGCGUGUCUUAUUUUCCAGCUUCUUGGUAAGAUUGAUUUAUCUCAUGUCAAGAACAAAAUUUACAAAGUGCUUUAUAAUACAGAAAUAGGUAUAGACCAAUUUAAAAUAGCAUAAACAGACGAAACUAUAUAAAACCAAACCAGCACAGGCAAUUUUUAAGUUUCUUUUUAACAAUAUCAACAGCGUCCACAGUGUCCAGUGGAAGCGAGGUACACGGUACCACUCAUUGUCACUGAGAGCUCAUUGUUGUUUCCUCUCUGCAGAUCAUCUGUCAGUCACACUUGCUGUGUUUCAUAGCUCAUUUUUUGUUGUUGAGCUUGAUCACAUAAAUCUAUAAUUACAAUGACAAUCUUUACAAAAUGUUCUUAUUGUACUAAAUGAAAUUGUCAGACACUGUAGAAUGACGUCAAAGUGACACCAGAAAGUAAAUUCUGCCUAACCAGAGAGUAUUUGUACUCUGCAGAAGAUCAUAAUGUUAUUAAAUGAACCUUGGCCUUUGGGGGCUUUUUGUUGUUGUUGUUGUUGUUGUUGUUGUUGUUGUUGUUGUUGUUGUUGUUGUUGUUGUUGUUGUUUUAGCAUUGUUUUGUGAAAACUAAAACACAUGAAACUCAGAUCAUGUUACACACCGAGUAAGACAAAUGAUUUCACACAGAGUUACAUGUAUAGUGAUGGAAAAAAUUUCAGUGUUUGUUCUUUCUUUGUAAAGGAUUUUAUAGAGAGUCAGUCUGAAGAGUUAUUAAAUGUAAAUCCUGCUUUGUGGAGUUUGUUACAUAUUCUGAACGGAUACAUGCUCAUUUUCUUUGAGAAAAUGUCUGGGGAUUUUUGUGUAUUUUAUCGAUGUUGGUGUGGUUAUGUAACUCAUUACUCUUGUAUUUUUGUUUUUAUCAUGUGUGGUAUAACAGACUUUUUUCUAAAGUGUGUUUUAAUGAUGAGAUAUAAGGAUUUAAUUAAGUCAGGUGUGGCUGUGAAUGAGUACCAUGAAUAUGUACGCUUUACUGUAAUUUGGGGGAAAUUAGAGACCUGGACAGUGUGUUAUGGAACAACUUUAAUGUAAUAUGAGGCUUGUAUUAAAAAGGUCCUCUUGAUUUUGUUUUGAUUUACGAUGAAAUAAAAAUUUGUUUGUGGAA